UCUAGGCAACACGGGAAGCUCCAUGGGCGCUUAUUCAGUAGGAGAAUCAGACUAUAUCCCCAAGGCACAAUGAUGGCUUUUUCAGCGGCCUCGCAGCCCAAAUUUGACAUUAAAAAGAGCAUGAGUUUUGGUCUGUUCUAUAUGGCAACCUGGAAGAGCAAAAACGUAAUGCAGCAGGUGCUAGAAAUGGGAACACCCAGAAGGGAUGCCAACAAGACCUUUCUCGAGUAUCUGCUGCUAGAGAAACAGAUAUGCAUGUUAGAUAUACGAAAAAUCUUCAACCAGAGUCAGAGAAAGAAGAUUGGCAAGUGUCUAAAGAACGACUUUGACGUGAAUUUGCUGUACCUCUGCAUACAGUACGGUUGCGAUGGACUGGCCCCGCCGCAUGACAAGAGGUGGCAGAAGGAAAAGGACGCUUUGGAGUAUUGUGUGACGUCCAUUAAGAAUUUUAGGAACACCACCCUGCAUAUGGUUGACAUUGACGAAAAUACUUUCAUGGAAAAGGCAGAUGAAUUACGAGAAUUGCUAAAAAACGCGCUGGUGAAAGCGUACGAGUUUUAUCGGAAGCAAAAUGUCCCUCUUCACAUUUUACAAGAAGUUGACCAAGAGAUUGAUGACGUCAAAAAAGACCCUUCCAGCAAAGUAGAUGAUGGUAUUUUUCUUUUCAAUAAAUUGUGUGAAAUGGUCAAAGUCGAAGGAAAAAAUGAACUCAAGAAAAAAUACGAAACUAUGUCAAGCAUUGGACCAGUUUCAAAUUUGCUUGGUAGAAAUAGGAAAAUCAAAGUACGUAUGGACAAGAUCUUCACCAAAAUGUUAAUAAAGAAAGAAAGUCAUUCUUCUGAGGAUCAAGAUGAGUAUGUAGAAUAUGAAGAGCUUCUGCAGUGUGUACAGAUGAGACAAGGCCAUAAGGACAACGUCGUGUUACUGGUUGAAGGACCAGCAGGGGUUGGGAAGACGACGCUCACUCGGAUGAUGAUCUGUGAUUGGGCCUCGGGGAAAACGGCCAUGAAGAGUAUCUCAAACUAUGAAUUUGCAAUCCUGGCUGAGUGCAGAGACAGUACGAUAUCCUCCCUGGGGCAACUUUUAAGUUCACUUAUGCCUGAACUGAGUAAAAAUGCCUCUAAGGAAGAUCUGGUCAAAUGCAUUCAAGAUGACAAACUUUUGUUUAUUAUAGAUGGAUUGGACGAGCUUAACCCAUCUUCAAAAAAUGUUGUGAAAGAAAUACUGAAUCUGGGAGGAACUGUUGAUGUCACUGUUAUUUGCACAACUCGGCCUAACAGAAUAAGUGACUUCAAGCAAGACGUCCCAGAGAAUUUCGCCAUCAUGCACAUGAAGGUCAUUGGGAUCGAGGAGAGCAGAAGAGAAGAAUUUGUGAUAAAUUACAGCAGAGCUCUAGAUGAUGAAGGCCAGAGAGACAUUUCGGGCCUUCUUCAGUAUCUGAAAGAAAGUCGCUUGCACGACCACUGGAAACUGGCUUUCAACUUGGUCCUUGUGACAAUACUGUGGUUCCUUGACCCUGAUGCUGUCAACAAGAUGACAACAGCAACGGAGCUAUUAAUGGAGACACAUAAACUGUGCCAAAAAAGGUUAAAACAAAGACUGCUUGAACAUAAAGAAACCCGUACACUAGACGCUCAAGAAGUAAAUGAUAAGGUUGAUAUAUUUCUAAACAAACUCCAGGAGGAAGCAUUAAUCAACCAUUAUAAAGACGAAACAGUUUUGUCUGCAGCUUCGGUGGAACGGCUGAGGGACGUCUGUGACUGUCUGUCCCUGCCCCACGCGGAGGCCCUGGGAUCCUUUCUCAUCCAGGCGGAUUCGGUGACGGGCGACUUCAAGGAGAAGUUCAGCUUUCCCCACAAGGGCCUGCAAGACUUUUUCAGUGCCCUUCAUGUGAGGGAAACUCUCCAGGCCAAAGAAAUGGAUAUCCGCCGUAUAUUGAGCAAUAUUGAAACUAUACUCUCUGAUUGCAACGUUCCUGGCGAGCUCAGCAAAGCUCUACUAGGAGUAAACAAAGAAGAAUUAAAAAAACAAAACCGGAAAAUAUUGAAGAUAUCGCACAGUAUUCGGAGUGUUCUCGAAGAAACACUGGACAUUGCAAAGGCUUAUAACGAAACAGAGAGCCAGACAGUCAGUCUGGACUUGGUUAAAUGUCAGAACAUCUUGUUUCAUCUGACAGGACUGCUCUACCUAGGAGAAAGGUCACUGAAGGAAGAUGCCUGUGCCGAACUGGUGAGCUUACUGAGAGACUCUGGCAUCAAUAACAGGUCUGAGUGGCUAAGCUUGCUGUCCGAGGUCAAGUGUGACGAGACAGUCAGCAAGUGCAUCGCACAGGCCAUGGACCUCAAGGAGAGGAUAGAAAUAAGCGACAGCCAAGUAACGGCUUACGCGAGUGUACUGAGCCACGCGCGGCCAUCGCAUGUGGAGAUCGACAUUAGCGGAGACCCGCAGGAUGUCCCUCGCCUCAAGGACCUUCUCUCCACUAUCCGGGCAAAGAACUGGAAGACAAAUCUGCGGUUUCAACAUGACUUCCGGUACAUGAAGGGCCGCACCAGCAUCCUCGAUGAAACGCUGCAGGAAUUCUUAGGAAGCUCGAAGGCCAAACUGACGUGGUUCAACGGGCGGCUGAGUGGUCCGGCGAUGAAGGCGCUGCCGAAGUCCUUGGAGUUCCUCGAGCUGGCCGUGAAGGACGACGUCCACUACGCGGACCUGCUGCCCCUCCUGGCCUUGCACUCCAAGAAGCUGCCGCGCCUCGAGUGGCUCGGGCUGCACGUGGCCGCAGGCAUCAACGACGCACAGCUGAAGCCUCUGCCGGAGGUGAGUCGCGUCAACUUAAUCGUCGACGGAGUGACGGAGAGCACAGUCGGGUGGGCUUGUCGGGUCGUCCGGGCACUCCAGCCUAAAAAGAAAGGAUACUUUACCCUUGCCUUCCCUGAUGUCCUGUCGGCGGGGAGCGCGUGCGAACUCCUGGUGAAGAGUCUCGCCGGAGAACAAGUCAAGGUCACGGGGGCUAUAAGGGCGUCUCCGUCGAUCAGCACGGAGGAGCAGAAGCGGCUGGACGCCCUCACGCGAGACGCCUUGGGCUGUUUCUUCGCCGUGUUAGGCGACGAUAUCUGGGUUCAAAAGCCAUUGGACGUUCUGAGAGACUUCAACUUGCAACGAUACAAAGACGAGUUCUGAGUUUCCUGCAAAUCCCAGAGCAAAAGAGAGGACGACAGAGGGCGUCACACAUCCUCGAGAAACUGCCCUUGGAUAUUGCUCGGAAAUCCGUGGCCUGUUACUCCUGUAAUGUUUAGAACUGCUAUUUUACUAUUUGUAAUCCCAAGCACAGUGACGUUGUACGGAUAUAGAUUAAAGCUGUGAUAAUAAAA